UGGUGUGAGUCAUACUCCCCGCAUCAAACUGUGGCUGAUGGGGUCCCGCGGAGUGCGGUGGCGGAGCCAUCUAGCAGAUUUUAAAGUUUACCUGUGAUCGUAAUAUGACGUGGUGCGAGCCAUACUCCCCUGCGUCAUAUCAGACAGUGUGUGUGUGGUGGAACCAGUCGGUACAUUUUAAAAGUGUAGAUGUUUUGCAAAUAAGUCGUUGUCAUGGUAGUGAGUGCUGCAGGUCGGCGCCCUACCUUAUAUUACCUUUUAGGCAAGUACGGGUUUUGACAAGCCUGGCCCUUAAGGUGAUCAGCGUGUUGUGAACAUUUAUUGCAGAUGUAUGGGUGAGGUUACGAGUUUAGCUUUUCCUGAUGUCCUGUGUAAUAUCUGAGCUCUGAGGAGGUAAUCGUCGGGGUGACGAUUCAUAAGCUAGCAGAUAAAUAAGUGGAUCAUUGCUGGAUGAUGGCGUUUGUUUCAGAUCUCCUGGUGAACUCACUCAAUGAACUGAUAAAAGCCCAACUGAAGGAGUUUCAGUGGCAUCUGAAGAAUCAUGGUGGUAUUUCAGCUGCUGAGCUGGAGGACACAGAUGUCUUAGAUACAGUAGAUAAGAUAAUGGAGCGUUAUGGACCAGACGGAGCUAUGGAGAUCACACUGAACAUCUUAAGGAAGAUGAAUCAAAACCAUCUGGCUCAACUGCUGGAGUACAAACACAAAGAUGGUCCAGUGACAGUUGACAGUAAAGCUGCUGAUGGUUGUUACACUGAGCUGAGCAUCAGACUGAAGAACAUCUUAAAACAGGACUAUGAGCGGAUAUUGGACGGUAAUUCACAGACUGGCCAUCGGAAAUAUCUGAACGAUAUUUACACUGAUCUCUUCAUAGUAAAGAAUGAGACUGGAGGAGCAGUGACUGAGCAUGAAGUGAGACAAAUUGAAUUAAAUCUCAUCCGAAGUCCUGCUGAGGACUCGCCAAUCAAAUGCAAUGAUGUAUUUAAAGUCCAGUGUGAUCGACGAAACAGAAAAGUGAUGACGAUGGGCAUUGCUGGGGUGGGAAAAACUGUCUCAGUUAAUAAAUUCAUUCUUGACUGGGCUGAAGGAAAGGAAAAUCAGGAAAUCGUCUUUGUUUUUCCUCUGCCUUUCCGUCAGUUGAAUGUGAUUCAAAAGGAUUACAGCCUAAUGGAUCUGAUUCACGAAUACUUUAGCUGUGUUAAACAACUCCCAUCAUUACCUGAAGAUGAAGGUAAAGUCAUGUUCGUCUUUGAUGGCCUGGAUGAGUGUCGAUUCCCUUUAAGCUUUGAGAAGAGCCAGAGAUUGACAGAUGUACAUGAAAAAACAACAGUGGGUGUCAUUGUUACAAACCUGAUUAAGAAAAAUCUGCUUCCUUUUUCUCUCAUCUGGAUCACCUCCAGACCAGCAGCAGCCAAUCAGAUCCCUCGAGACUACAUUGAUCAGAUGACAGAGGUCCGAGGAUUCAACGAUGAGCAAAAGGAAAAAUACUUCACUAAAAACAGCAAACCUGAUGUGGCAGAGAAAAUCAUCUCACACAUGAGGAAAUCCAGGAGUCUUUACAUCAUGUGUCAAAUUCCUGUCUUCUGCUGGAUCUCUCUCUGUGUUUUUCAGCCUCUGCUGACUAAAGAGGAUCAUGACAAAAUUCCCACAACCCUCACAGGGAUGUACAUAUACUUCUUACUUUCUCAGAUGCAGCAAAUGAAAAAGAAAUACCAUGAUGGUCUUCCAAUAUCUUUUAAAGAUGUGGUUCUGAAGCUCAGUAAACUGGCCUUUAAACAGCUUCAGAAAGGAAACCUGAUUUUCUAUGAAGAAGAUCUUCAGAAAUGUGGGCUGGAUGUCAGUGAAGGUCUUGUUUACUCAGGUUUGUGCACUCAGAUUUUUCAAAGAGAAAAGCCAGUUUCUGGGAGAAAUGUGUACAGCUUUGUACAUCUCAGCAUUCAGGAAUUCCUCGCUGCUCUCUAUGCAAUUAUAAUAUACAAAGAUAAAAAAACAAAUCCAUUCCCUGUCUCUCUGGGUGAAAAAGUGCAAUGGAUAUUUAAAUAUUCACUGUUAGAGCUUCAUAAGAGUGCAAUUGAGAAUGCUCUUCAGAGCAAGAACGGACACCUGGACCUUCUCCUCCGGUUCCUCAUGGGUCUUUCACUGAAGUCCAGUCAGAAUGAGCUGAGGGAACUUCUGCCCACACUGAAGAUUACAAAUAAAGAAGAAAACAUAACAGACACUGCUGAUUAUAUCAAAAUGAAAAUUGAGGAAGCAAAAUCAGAAGAGAGGAGAAGCAAUCUUUUCUACUGCUUGAGUGAACUGAAAGAUUAUUCACUGAUCACAGAAAUCCAGAAGUAUCUGAAUUCAGGAGAUCUUUCAGCUCAGAGUCUUUCUUCUGUUCAGUGGUCUGCUCUGGUGUUUGUGCUGCUGAUGUCAGAAGAGAUUCAAGAGACGUUUGAGCUGCAGAAGUACAGAAGAUCUGAUGAAGCACUGAUUCGACUAUUGCCAGUGAUCAAACAAACCAAAAGAGCUCUUCUACAGAGCUGUAAUCUGACUGGUAAGUGUUGUGAAAGUUUAUCUUCAUGUCUACAAUCAUCAUGGUGUCUCCUGAGAGAUCUGGAUCUGAGUAACAAUGACCUGCAGGAUUCAGGAGUGAAGCUCAUCUCUGAUGCUCUCAAGAGUCCAGACUGCAAACUAGAGAUACUGAGAUUGUCCAGCUGUAAUCUGACUGCUGAGUGUUGUAAAAGUUUAUCUUUAUCUCUACAAUCAUCAUGGUGUCUCCUGAGAGAUCUGGACCUGAGUUACAAUGACCUGCAGGAUUCAGGAGUGAAGCUCAUCUCUGAUGCUCUCAAGAGUCCUAACUGUAAGCUACAGAUACUGAGAUUGUCAAUGUGUAAUCUGACCGGUGAGUGCUACAAAAGUUUAUCUUCAUGUCUUCAAUCCUCAAACUCCUCUGUGAGAGAUCUGGAUGUGAGUAACAAUGACCUGCAGGAUUCAGGAGUGAAGCUCAUCUCUGAUGCUCUCAAGAGUCCAGACUGUAAACUACAGAUACUGAGUUUAUCUGGCUGUAAUCUGACUGCUGAGUGUUGUAAAAGUUUCUCUUCAUGUCUACAAUCAUCAUGGUGUCUCCUGAGAGAUCUGGAUGUGAGUAACAAUGACCUGCAGGAUUCAGGAGUGAAGCUCAUCUCUGAUGCUCUCAAGAGUCCAGACUGUAAACUAGAGAUAAUGAGAUUGUCCUUGUGUAAUCUGACUGCUGAGUGUUGUGAAAGUUUAUCUUCAUGUCUUCAAUCCUCAAACUCCUCUGUGAGAGAUCUGGACCUGAGUAACAAUGACCUGCAGGAUUCAGGAGUGAAGCUCAUCUCUGAUGCUCUCAAGAGCCCAAACUGUAAACUACACACACUGAGAUUAUCAGGUUGUAUGGUGACAGAUGAAGGUUGUUGUUAUUUGGCUUCAGCUCUGAGUUCAAACCCAUCAUCACACCUGAGAGAGCUGGAUCUGACCUACAAUCACCCACAACACUCAGGACAUCAGAUGCUCUCUCAGAGACUCAGUGAUCCCAAGUGUACACUGGAGAAACUUAAUUUAGAUCAUGGGGAGGAAUUCAGAAUCAAAGCAGGACUAUACAAGUAUGCCUGUAAUCUCACACUGGAUCCAAGCACGGCAAACAUUCAUCUUGUUCUGUCUGAGGACAACAGAAAGAUAACACGUGUGAUUGAGUCUCAGCCGUAUCGUGACGGUCCAGACAGAUUUGAUUUACCUCAGGUUUUGUGUAAAGAGCGUCUGGCUGGACGCUGUUACUGGGAGGCUGAAUGGAGCGGAUUUGGUGUUUUUAUAUCAGUGUCAUAUAAAAGCAUCUACAGGAAAGGAAAGACUGUUGAAAGUGAGUUAGGAUUCAAUGCACAAUCAUGGAGUCUGCUCUUUGUUGAUCAUGGCUUCAUUGCAUGUCACAAUAAUAAGGAAACAGCGCAUAGCACACGUGCCCCUUUUCACCUCUCUAAUAGAGUAGGAGUUUAUCUGGACUGGUCAGCGGGCACUCUGUCCUUCUACAGCGUCUCUGAUACACAAACACUCACACAUUUACACACAUUCAACACAACAUUUACUGAACCUCUAUAUGCUGGAUUUAAGAUUCAUUUUAACUCCUCAGUGUCUCUUUGUGAGAUCAUACAGAAUCCAGUGAGAAACAGUAGAGAUGUCAUAUACUCUUCAUUCUCAAUACAACAAAAGUUGCAAAGUACAGUGUCUAAGAUUGACAUAGAAGAAAGUGCUGAUGGUGGACCGACAGCAGUGUCUCCAUUAUUCAGUGAUAAAUCCAUGGAUAAAAAACAUAUACUGGGUGAUCCUGUGAUGACCUUUGACCCCAGUAUGAACAGAUGUGAGACUCAGAGAGCAUCAUCUCCAGAGCCCAGCUGUGUGUCGGUGAAGAGCCAUCAGUCCAUGGACCCUCCCCUCAAGUUUAGCAAAGAAACCAUGACAAUAAACCCCAGGCAAGGAGCAGCAUCUUCAGAUGACAGCUGUGUGUCUAUGAAGAGCCAUCAGUCCAUGGACCCUCCCCUCAAACUCAGUGAAAGAGGCGUGACCUUUAACCCCAAUGAGGCUAAAAAUGAUCAGAGCCCAGAUCUUCAUCAUGAACCAGUAGAUGAUGUUCUGCAGAGAGUCAAAGAUCAACACAAAACCAUCAUGAAGAACAAGUUUGAGAGUUUAUUUGAGGGAAUCAAACAACGAGAGAAUCAAACCCUCCUGAAGAGGAUUUACACACAACUGUACCUCAUAGAGGGAGAGAGUGAAGGAGUGAAUGAAGAACAUGAGGUUUUACACAUGGAGAAAAACACCAGAACACAACACUUACAAGACACAACAAUCUACUGCAAUGACAUCUUUAAACCCUUACCUGAACCAGAAUAUAAAACUGAGAAAAGAAGAGAGAGAAAAGACAAAAUCAAGAGCGUUCUUACUAAAGGCAUCGCUGGAAUUGGAAAAACCGUCUCCGUACAGAAGUUCAUUCUGGAUUGGGCCGAGGGAACAGCCAAUCAGGAUGUAGAUUUCAUGUUUGUGUUUCCGUUUCGAGAGCUGAACUUGAUUCAAGAUGAUCGGUACAGUCUUCACAAACUUCUGCUUGACUUUUAUCCUGAACUUCAAGAUCUGGACUCAAAGAUUUAUGAUGAGUGUAAAGUUGUGUUCAUCUUUGAUGGUCUGGAUGAAAACAGAAUGACACUGAUGUUUUCAGAUGCUGAGAAAGUUUCUGAGGUGACUGAGACUUCAUCAGUGCCUGUGUUGAUAUCAAACCUUAUAAAAGGAGAUCUGAUUCCCUCUGCUCUCAUCUGGAUCACCUCCAGACCAGCAGCAGCCAAUCAGAUCCCAUCUAAACACAUCAACCGUCUGACAGAAAUCCAGGGAUUCAAUGACGAUCAGAAGGAAGAAUAUUUCAGGAAGAAAAUCAGUGAUGAACAUCAAGCCAGCAGAAUCAUCUCACACGUCAGAAGAUCAAGAAGUCUCCACAUCAUGUGUCACAUACCAGUCUUCUGUUGGAUCUCAUCCACUGUGCUUCAAAACAUCCUGAAACAAGACAAUGAGAGAGCAGAAAUCCCUAAAACUCUGACUGAAAUGUACAUCCACUUCCUGCUGAUUCAGAUGAAUAUGAAGAAUGAGAAGUAUGAUGAGAGAGAUCCAGAGAAACUCCUGCAGUCCAACAGAGAAGUGAUUGUCAAACUGUCUGAACUGGCUUUCAAACAGCUGAUGAAGGGUAAUGUGAUGUUUUAUGAGGAGGAGCUGAGAGAGUCUGGCAUAGACAUCACUGACGCCUCAGUGUAUUCUGGGAUUUGUACUGAGAUCUUUAAGGAGGAAUCUGGGAUACAUCAGAGGAAAAUCUACUGCUUCAUACAUCUCAGCUUUCAGGAGUUUCUGGCUGCUUUCUAUGUGUUGUACUGCCAUAUAGUCAAUAAUAAGCAGUUGUUUCUAUAUGAAGAAGAUGAGUAUGAUUAUGAUAGUCCUGAAGAAAUCUCAGACUCUGAGUCUCUCAUAAGAGGUGCAGUAAAUGAAGCUCUUGAAAGUAAAACUGGACAUCUGGAUCUUUUCCUGCGAUUCCUGCUGGGAAUCUCACUGGAGUCCAAUCAGAGUCUUUUACAGGAUCUACUGACACACACGGUGGGAACCAUCAUGGAGGUCACACAGUAUAUUAAAGAUAAAAUCAAGGGAAGAAAUGAUGAUGAUGGUGAUGAUGAUGGCGAUGAUGAUAUCUCCGCAGAAAGAUCCAUCAAUCUGUUUCUGUGUCUUCUUGAAGUGAAUGAUCAGACUCUGUACAGAGAGAUUGAGGAGUUUGUGAGAUCAGACAAACACUCAGAGAAGAAACUCUCUGCUGCUCACUGUUCAGCAAUAGCCUACAUGCUUCAGAUGUCAGAGGAGGUGCUGGAUGAGCUGAAUCUGAAGAAAUACAACACAACAGAGGAGGGGAGAAGAAGACUCAUACCAGCUGUCACCAACUGCACAAGAGCUAUAUUUACAGACUGGAUUAUAACUAUGGAGUCCUGUAAAAUGUUGUCUUCGUGUCUUCAAUCCUCAAACUCAUCUGUGAGAGAUCUGGAUCUGAGUAACAAUGACCUGCAGGAUUCAGGAGUGAAGCUCAUCUCUGAUGCUCUCAAGAGUCCAGACUGUAAACUACACACUCUGAGAUUGUCAGGCUGUAAUUUGACUGCUGAGUGUUGUGAAAGUUUAUCUUCAUGUCUUCAAUCUUCAAACUCCUCUGUGAGAGAUCUGGAUGUGAGUAACAAUGACCUGCAGGAUUCAGGAGUGAAGCACAUCUCUGAAACUCUCAAGAGUCCAGACUGUAAACUACAGAUACUGAGAUUGUCCUUGUGUAAUCUGACUGCUGAGUGUUGUGAAAGUUUAUCUUCAUGUCUUCAAUCCUCAAACUCCUCUGUGAGAGAUCUGGAUGUGAGUAACAAUGACCUGCAGGAUUCAGGAGUGAAGCUCAUCUCUGAUGCUCUCAAGAGUCCAGACUGUAAACUACACACACUGAGAUUAUCAGGUUGUAUGGUGACAGAUGAAGGUUGUUGUUAUUUGGCUUCAGCUCUGAGUUCAAACCCAUCAUCACACCUGAGAGAGCUGGAUCUGAGCUACAAUCACCCACAACACUCAGGACGCCAGAUGCUCUCUCAGUGUACACUGGACAAACUCAAGUAUGAACUCAACACCAGUACUCACAAUGAAGGAAAGUUCAGAAUUACAGCAGGACUACACAAAUACGCCUGUGAUCUCACACUGGAUGCAAACACAGCACACAAAUGUCUCAUACUCUCAGAGGACAACAGAAAGGUGACAUACGUGAAAGAUCCUCAGCCGUAUCCUGAUCAUCCAGACAGAUUUGAGGAGUGUAUUCAGGUUUUGUGUAGAGAGAGUCUAACUGGACGCUGUUAUUGGGAGGUUGAAUUCAGCUGGCGAGCUCGUAUAUCAGUGACAUAUAAAAGUAUCAGCAGGAAUGAAAGAAGCAGCGAAUGUGAUCUUGGAUUUAAUGUGAAGUCCUGGUGUCUGUAUUGCUCUGAUAAUAGACUGAUAGUCCGUCAUGAUGAAAGCAGCAUUGAUAUACCUCCUCCCUCACCUCCAUGUAAUAGAGUAGGAGUUUAUCUGGACUGGUCAGCGGGCACUCUGUCCUUCUACAGCGUCUCUGAUAAACAAAGACUCAAACACUUACACACAUUCAACACAACAUUCACUGAACCUCUAUAUGCUGGAUUUAGAGUUUAUAACUUUGUGUUACUGUGUUGAAAUCUUUUCACACUUACAUUGCUUUAUUGUAAAUAUGAAUUAUUUCUCUUAUAUCACAGUUACCCCAGACAUUGCUGGUUAUUUUAAGACAUUUGACAGGUCAGGUGUGCAUUUAUCGAAAAAUAAUGCGUACCUGUGAAACAUUUCUCAACCAGUAAUAAUAAAGCAUUCAACAGCCCCAUGACGUAUAGACGGUUUCAGCAGAAUCAAUAACAACAGAGUCCUUUUAGAGUAGUUUAUUUUUGACUACAAGGGAAAUAAAUGAUAAGUAAAUUAUCUUUAUUCAUAUAUCAUAUCUAAUGCGUAUCAAGCAUUACACUGAGCUAACGUUACUGUGUAAAAAUAAUCUAUACAAUGUUAGCCACAGGUCCUUAAAUUCUGGCCUGGCUGCCAAACCUCUCCUCACAGUUGUGAUCCAGUCUCCCCUUAGUAAACCAAAAAAUUGUGUUUUCGACAAGCUAUUUCAGAGAUCAGUUUAGCCACUUACUAGCCAGACCGAUAAAUCAAUACAGAUCAGAAGUUCGGUUUAGGGGCAACAAUUCACGUGCAUCCAAUUAAACCCUCUAUACAUGAAUUAUGUAUUUAUUUAUGUAUAAUAAAAAUACUUGACAACACUUAGUGUAAUGCUGUGUGUAUAUUUCUGAAGAGAAACAUUUUCAAUUUAAAUUUAUUUGUACUGGAGCAACU